AUGAAGUGGGUGGUAUCAAUCCUUUUGAUUUGCCUUCUAAAAUUUACUGAAUCCAGAACACUGCAUAGAAAUGCAUAUGGAAUAGCUUCCAAAUUGGAUUCUUCCCAAUGUUCUACAGAGAAGAAUUUAGCUAACCUAGCUACCAUAUUUUUUGCCCAGUUUGUUCAAGAAGCCACUUAUGAAGAAGUGAGUAAAAUGGUAAAUGAUGUAUUGACUGUGAUUGAGAAACCCACUGGUGGUGAGCAGUCUGCAGGGUGUUUAGAAAACCAGCUAUCUGUCUUCCUGGAAGAAAUUUGCCAUGAGAAGGAAAUUCCUGAAAAGUAUGGACUUUCAGACUGCUGCAGCCAAGGUGGAGAGGAAAGACAUAAUUGCUUCCUUGCACAGAAGAAGGCUGCUGCAGCACCCACUCUGUCCUCCCAGGUUCCAGAACCUCUUACGAGUUGCAAAGCAUAUGAAGAACACAGAGAGACGUUCUUAAACAGAUACAUCUAUGACGUAUCAAGAAAUAACCCCUUCCUGUAUACUCCUACCAUUCUUUCUUUGGCUGCGCAUUAUGAUGAAAUGAUUCCAUCCUGUUGCAAAGCUGAAAAUGCAGUUGAAUGCUUCCAGACAAAGGCAGCAUCAAUUACAAAAGAAUUAAGAGAAAACAGCUUGUUGAAUCAGCAUGUAUGUUCAGUAAUGAGACAUUAUAAACCCCGAACCUUCCAAGACAUAACAGUCACCAAGCUGAGUCAAAAGUUUCCCAAAGCGAAUUUUACUGAAAUCCAGAAACUGGCCCUGGAUGUGGUCCACAUACAUGAGGAAUGCUGCAGAGGAAAUGUGCUGGAGUGCCUCCAGGAUGGGGAAAAAAUUAUGUCAUACCUAUGUUCUCGGCAAGAUAUUCUGUCAAGCAAAAUCUCAGAAUGCUGUGAAUUGCCCAUGCUUGAACUUGGCCAUUGCAUAAUUCAUGCAGAAAAUGAUGACAAACCUGAAGGCCAAUCUCUAAAUCUAAACAGGUUUUUAGGAGACAGAAAUUUCAGCCAAUUUUCUUCAGAGGAAAAAAACAUGUUCUUGGCGAGUUUUCUUCAUGAAUAUUCAAAAAGGCAUACUAAGCUUGCUGUCUCAGUAAUUCUAAGAAUGGCUGGAAGAUAUGAGGAGCUCUUAGAGAACUGUUUCCAGUCUGAAAACCCUCUUGAAUGCCAGGACAAUGUGGAAGAAGAAUUACAGAAAUAUAUCCAAGAUUCUCAAGCACUUGCAAAGCAAAGCUGUGGCCUCUUCCAGAAAUUAGGAGACUAUUACUUACAAAAUGAGUUCCUCAUUGCUUACACAAAGAAAGCCCCUCAGCUGACCUCAGCUGAGCUGAUAGACCUCACUAGGAAAAUGGUGAGCACAGCAUCCACGUGUUGCCCACUCAGUGAGGACAAACGGGUGUCCUGUGGUGAGGGAGCGGCUGACCUUAUUAUUGGACAAUUAUGUAACAGACAUGAAGCAUCUGCUGUGAACCCUGGUAUCGGUCAGUGCUGCAAUUCUUCAUAUGCCAACAGGAGGCCAUGCUUCUCCCGUUUGGCAGUGGAUGAAACUUACAUCCCUCCACCAUUCUCUGAUGACAAAUUCAUCUUCCAUAAGGAUCUGUGCCAAGCUCAGGGUAGAGCACUGCAAACAAUGAAGCAAGAGCUUCUCAUUAGCCUCGUGAAGCAAAAGCCACAAAUGACAGAGGACGAGCACGAGGCUGUCACUGCGGAUUUCUCUGGCCUUUUGGAGAAGUGCUGCCGAGGGCAGGAGCAGGAGGUCUGCUUUGCAGAAGAGGGUCCAAAACUGAUUUCAAAAACUCGUGCUGCUUUGGGAGUUUAA